AAAAAAAAAAUUAACAAAAAUAUUUUGUGUGAAUAACCACUAUGCAACUUCAUUUAGUGUAAAACUGACUUCUUUGGAGCUAUAUCAGCGUAGGUGUGAGUCUGGCCUUCUGGUUCUGUGUAACAAUUAAGACUGUUGUAUGAGCCCUGGAAAAGGGAUUACAAAAAUGCACUGCCAAGACUGUUUUCCUUUGCCUGCAGGCUCCGCUAUUUCAUCAGUGCAGCUGCUGCUUCUGUGGGAAGACAGGGAGAAGUAAAGGCAACCAGAGAGAGAGAAGAGCCAUCUCCCAUUUCCCCAUUACUCAUAAGACUGGAGGUGCAAUAAACGGGGUGCUAAAGGGACUUUUCCCCAUUGUGAUAUCCUGCUCCGUGGGCUCCAGCAUGGAGAACUCCCACACGCACCUUACACACCCUUGGGUUGACUUCAUGCCUGGAACCUGUAAAACUGCUGCUGUUCAAAAGGUAUAUAACCUGUCUUCCAAACACCUUCCCAGUUGAGCUGAGAGGAUCUGGUGGAGAUGAAGACUGCUCCUGUUAUCUUGCUGAUUGCUGUCCUGUGUGUGGAGCAAGUUUAUCCGUUUAUGUGCUAUGUGUGCCAAGAACAGGAGUCCAACAAGGACUGUUUAACCAUUUCCAUGUGUGCAAAGGGAGAGAAAUAUUGUGUGACUGUCCGCGACAAUGUUGGAACAAACCCUGACAAGCCUAAAUACAUCAUCUCCAAGAAGUGCUCUCCAACGUGUCCAGAAACAAGUCAGCAACAAAUCCAAGCCCAUCGGAAUGUUACAUGCUGUGAGAAACCAUUGUGCAAUGUGAAUGGAGGCAGCAGCAAGCAAGGCAGCUAUGCAAUGAUGUUCCUGGGUGUCCUAGCUAGUAUCACUUACAUCUUUGCUUGUGGACAGUGAUGGGUUAGGAAAAGCUCCCUGUGUUGGCAUUAUUGUCUGAAAUAAAAGUGUGUUACACUGGGAUAAUUACUUCUCUCAAGAGCUCAUGACUUGCAGAUGAGCUUUGUCUCAGAUUUUCAAGAAUAUCAGUAAGUUAGAUGCUGAACUCCUCUUGAUUUCCUAAUCCUACUUGAAUCUGAAGUCUCUUCAAACAGUCAUGUCAUCUAAGAAAACAUGUAAAAGACCCUCUUGACAUGUUCAGGCUUCAAAAAGUUACUGCUCUGAAGAUAUUCUUCGAGACAUACUUUUUUCUCUUUGACUGUUGAACAUUCAACAUGAACGCUAUGUGGAAUAGCAAUCCACCCUGUAAGGAACACAGGUAAUAGUUCAAUAGUUAUGUCAGCACGCUGGAGAAGUUCAGUAUCUUCUUCAGGUCACAAUAUGUUGGUUAUCACACAUCGGUUCAUAAACAGGAAAGAAGAGGUAAAUCUUAUUUCUGCUAGUCUCUGGAAAUUCCUCCAGCCUCAAUCAGCAACAAUUUCUGGCUCCCAUGGCUCUUUGCACUUGGAAGGUUAUCACGAGCAUCCUUCAUCUCCCAGCUUCGAUGUACCAACUGAGUCUGGAGAAAAGGAAAAGAGAAACAAAUGUGACCUAGAGAGGAGAUGCAAUGUCUGGUAGUGGGGAGAUGGGAGGGAGAAGGAAAUGCUUUGGCAUACACAGACUUGGUGCAGCUGGAAAUGAAAAUGUCUCUAUGUCUAUUUCCCUUUUUCGUUUUUUUCAGAGCCAACCCAACCCAACUGCUAUUGCCAAACCCAGUCAUUUAGAGACUGUGAAAUAGCUGUAUGAAAACUAUAGCAUAGAAAUGAUUGACUGUGCUGGGCUUUGUUGGGUUUUACAUCCCAGGCUCUCUGCUUCCUCCUCUCCCUGCAAGAGCUACAGCUGAAGGGAGGCAGAAAAGUUCUGUAUGAGGCCUGGAGAUGUCUACAGAGAAGAGGGGCAAGCAGGUGAAGACUAACAUGAAUAGCUCAGAGCUUCCUGGUCAUAACUCCUGCUGCAAGCUUACUUCUCUGGAACGAAAGUAUAAAAGGGAAGAGUUGGCAGCUACACUUGCUCAGCUGUGUUCUGACACCAGGACUCAUCCAAACAAUUCAGGGCCUUUGUUUUGUGGUUGUUGUGGGUGUUAUUUUAUUUAUUUAUUUAUUUUUAUGAGAUGCUUUAUUUGGUGGCUAAAUGAGAUCUUUGAUUUGUCUAAAGCAUUGUCUUGAAAGUCAGCGUAUUUCUGGCUGCAGAUGUGGAAGGAUCCAUUGCUGGUGUUGGCAACAGGGUCUUGGUUUCUAUAACCAUGGGAGUCAGUAAGCUCAACAAGGGACCUUCUUGAAUGAAUACUACCACAGAAUGAUAUAUAGUAUAUAGUUGAUAUAUAUAUCGACUAUGAGAAGAGUUCCUAGAAUGAAAAUAGAUCCAAGGUUAAUAUUAAAGGAUCAUAUCCCCUAGGGUAAAGAAUGAUGCAUCUCCGCAGGCAAGAAACCAAGCAGAGUGAACAGGAGUCCUGCAUGGAUGAACAAAGCAUUCCAAACAAAAAUCAAGCAUAGGUAGGAAGUGUAUAGGGAAUGGAAGCAGCAACAGCUGACUCAGGAUAGAAUAUAGGGAUAUUGUAGGGAUAUUGUCAGGGUAGGCAGAAAUAUGGUAAGAAAGUCCCGGGCCCAUUUACAAUUAAAUCUGUCUAGGGAUUUCAAGGACAUCAAGAAGGGCUUCUUCAAAAAGGAAACAAAAGGAAAACUAAAGAAAAUAUGGGUCCACUGCAGAGUGAGGCAGGGACACUGGCAACAGAGGAUGAAGGAAAUACAGAGAUACUGAAGGACUUCUUUGUUUCAGUCUUCACUACCAAGAUCAUCAUGAAGGAAUCCCUGAUUCAGGAGUCCAGAGAGAAAUUCUGUAGAAAGGAAGACUUUUUCUUGGUUGAGAAGGACUGAGUUAAAAAUCAUUUAGGCAAAUUUGACAUCCACAUGUCCAUGGAUCCUGAUAGGAUUUAAACACAGGUACCAGGGGAUAUGGUGAACAUCAUGGUCCAGCUCCAUGGGGAGUUGGAACUAGAUGAUCUUUAAGGUCUCUUCCAACCCAAACCCAUUCUAUGGUUCUAUGACCAGCUAAAGAUGCCUACCUUUUGUGUUUCCACUGCUAUCUCUAGAGCCUGGUGCCUGGCCCAUGCUUUAGAUAUUUCAUUCUAUGGCUGGGAAAUAGGGGGAAAUGAUUCUGCUAAGGGAAGAGGCUGGCAGCAGUGUUGUAGGCUGUGGUGGCCAUGCUGCUUCUUGAAACCAUAAACACGUAUACCACAAAUAUCCUGUGCAGAGAAAAUCGAAGACACUUCUUCCAAGAGGCCCUGCAAUACAGUAGGUGCUCUCCAAAAACUCUAGGAAAGCUGGGCUCGGGGCCAGACAUAUUACUGUCUUUAGCACCAGACAAGUUAGCAUAGGAAAGGGGAAGCAGGAGUAAUUUAUAUCUGAACCAGAUUCACUGAAUGGCAGAAAGCAAAGCGAGGUCAGCUGGCGGGGAGGGAAGGAGUCAAAGAUUGAGAGAAGAACAGUGAGCACCCAAACAAAUAUUAUCUCCAAUAAGACAAAAUGAACAGAGGAGUUCCUAUGUCACCCUGUCUCCAAAUUCAGAGGGAACCCCUUCCUUUCUUGAAAUGUUUGGAUUCCAGAGCAUCUGAGUGUACAAGGAUUAUGACCAUUGAACAUCUGUGGGUGAAAUGCCUUCAGGUUUUCACUAUUUCAAUGCCAGUAACCACUUAGCUCCCAGACUGAAAACCUACAGUUGUGAAUGAGGCACUGAAGGUCUCUCAAUAGUAGCUACUUAGGUAGGGUUUAUGCCUGGACUUUAUCAAAGCUGAUUCUCUGUGUAGGAAAUCACUGAAAUUCUUUGAGAGAAAUAAAGAGGAAAAGGGACACUUAGAGCCAUAGAACUGAGUUGGAAAGGACUCCUUAGAAUCAUCUAGUCCAACUCCACUGCAAUGAACAGGGAUACCUACAGCUAAAUUAGGUUGCUCAGAGCUCCUGAGCCUGAUCUGGAAUGCCUCCAAGGACGGGGAAUCCACUAUAUCUCUGUCCUUCCUGCUUGGGAGUGAGCCAUGAGUUGUUGUUUGGCUAAGGUCCCAGACUAUCCUCCUGGGCUACAGAAAGGUGCAGGCCACAGAUAUGGGUUCUCACAACCCAGGAGUUUGGGCAUAGACUGAAAAAAUCACCUCUUCUUCCAUGGGAAGAAUCAAAUUUGCCUUUUCCAAUGAAAAUGCAGUGCAUGGCCAUACCCAGGAUCGUGUUACUGGUGAUCUCUAGGGUUAACUGCAUUUGUUGGCAGCAGACACCCAGAUGACGUUUAGAGAUGCUCUUUAAUAUAGGAUCUGUUCCAGGAGCAGACAUCUAGAUGACGCUUAGAGUUGCUCCUGUUCUGCAGUCUCACAAUAACUGAGCUCCACACUCAGAGUUGGGAUAUGUGUUUUUGCUUCCAGCCUGCAGUAAAUGCAGGGUAAAAGGGAAGUCAGAUGGAGACAUGAGCCACAUCUAAUACAUGCUAAUUGGUAUGCCAACUAACACAUGAAAACCAAGAACAUGAAAAUGAAGCAGGCCACAAGAAGAAAAGGUGUUUUUUUCCAUAUGCACAUCAGUAAAGGGUAUUAACCAAACUAAGUGGUGACUAGGCAUAGAGGAAAUCUUGCACAUCAUAGAAACGCAGCUUGUUUCACCUGUUUCUUUUUCUUCAGGGUGGGAAACCAGGGAUUUCCAAAUGCAGUGUGCAUUGUUAUAAAGGAAACGGGGAAACCAUGGGGAGCUGUCAGUCCAGGUCCCAGUCUUGGAAAGAAAACUGAAAUAAAACAUCAAACAACUUGUAAUGGUGUAGGGGUUAUCAAGGAGAUGGCAAUGAACAACAAGAACUUUGUGACAGAUGGGUGUUAUUCCCACCCAUGAAAAGGUGGAAAAAUCAGUAGAUAAAGGUAAAAUGGGUACUUAGCACAUAUUUUAGUGUUAAUACAGUUUUUUUUUUCUACCAUAGCACAUGACAGCCUCAUUAGGAAACUAGUUAGAAGCACAAGCAAAUAACUGUCAAACCAGAAGGAUGUAUUAAACUCUGCAGCAUGCCAUGGCUCUGGUAUGAUGCAAUAUUUUAAUUACCGGUUUGACAGACAGAAUAGAGAAUAAAUAGAUUGAGUUUGCAGGUGACACACUGGGAGAAUCUGAGAAAGAGAAUGAAAUCUGCGCAGGACAAGCACAAAGCUCUACUGUUAACUGCAGACACAUCAUCUGCACAAAUAUAGGAUGAAGAAAUACCCUUUCCAGCAAUUUGGCAGAAAAAGAAGUUGCAUUUACAAUAGAUCAUGCAUUUAACAUCUGUCAUACUUGGGGAAACAGAACAAAAAAAGGCCUUGUUGGAACUCUGCAUCUAUUGGAAAGUUGCACACUUCAUGCCAGGCAGUGUAAACUGGAGUUUGAUGGGAUGAGAUCCCUCCAAUCUCUUGCCCAGUGGUAAAGCUUGAGCUGCUGCAUUCUCUCCACUUUUUGCUUUAGGGUUUGUUCACAUGGCCACAAAGGAGCUUUUAGAUAGGAUCAGAAAAGUUCCUAGCAUCUAAUGGAAGAAGAGCUGGAGUUGAUUGCUGGGAGAACUGCCUCCAGCAUCAGCAGCUUGAGCAUCAUUAUCCAGUUGCAUGAUAUAUUGUCCUCAGCAUCUCAUUAGUGAGUAUUGGGAAAGGAGAAUGAACUUGGACACCCCUCCUGGUCCCCUCCAUUUCCCUUCUCUCCCUCCUACUGCUCAUUCUCAUGAAGCUGAUGAGGGUUCUGGCUACCUUUCCUUUCCUACUCCAAAAAUGUUUAGAUGUUGUACUAAGGGACAUGGUUUAGUGGGAAAAUAUUGGUAGGUGGAUGGUUGGAUGAUCUUGAAAGUCUUUUCCAACCUUGGUGAUUCUAUGAUUUCUUCAUUAAAGCAUAAUUGUGUUGUGCUAUUCCGGCUUGACUUUGCUUUAUAGCACCAAAUUUGACCCCAAAAUGCUCUUCCAUUGACACCACAUAGGAAGAUCACUCCAAAGAAUGAACGCCUCCCUGGUUCCCAGCAUCAGGAGUACAAGCACUAGACUUGCUGACACAGCUCUGCAUAAUAAGAAUGAGAUAAGGAUUUCUCCUUUUUCAGCUGAUUUGUCACCCAGGUAAACCCUUAAGCACCAUGCAAAGCACUGUCAUCAUGCACAACGAGGUUCAUCAUGCAUGAAAAGAAGUUCAUUGCUGGUGCAGGAAGCAAACAAUGGCUCUAUGCCUGGUGUUCACAAUAGCUCAUCUGGGACCUGCCCUUGGCUCCAGGGCAUGCUCAAGCAUUAGAUGUAAUCAGCAAUUAGAUAACCUGCAGACACUGCUCUUGGGAACAAGAAACUCUCUUUCUGCAGUCUAGAGGAAAUGAGUGCAGUAAAACAAUAUAUUCCAGGAGAAGAAAGCAAUUUUAUCAUACAAAAUUUUUUAAGCAGGUUGAUUUUUGCCCUCUCAAACUUAUUCUCACAGAUUUAAUCUAUUCCCUUUCUCACAAGCACCAGCACAUGUGUGACACUGGCCAGGUGAUCUGGCCAGUGUCAAUUCUAUGCCACACUUAAACAAGAGAUGACAGUUAUGCAGUCCUCACCAUACUUCCAAGGUACUUGGCAGGGCACAAGCUGAUUUUGGAUUUGCCUCUUACAGCCUUUGGGAGGAAAGAAGCUGCCUUGGCUCAUUUUUCCUUUUUAUUUUGCCUCAAACUGUAACUCAAAAAUCCCGAACUUUCCAGUUCUUUUGUUUAGCUUA